AUGUCGCAAGAUAUCACGUUUAAGCUUAGCAAUGGCGUCACAAUUCCCGGUCUGGGGUUUGGAACGUUCUCAAACGAGGGCGCCAAAGGAGAAACAUACAAGGCCGUGCUUCACGCUCUGAAGGUUGGAUACAGACACCUGGACUGCGCUUGGUUCUACAUGAAUGAGGACGAAGUUGGCCAGGCGAUCAAAGAUUUCCUCAAGGAGAACCCAUCUGUCAAACGAUCUGAUUUGUUUGUUACUACCAAAGUAUGGAGUCAUUUGCACGAGUUCGAUGAGGUGCAGUGGUCCUUGAACAAUUCCCUGAAGAACCUGCAGCUGGAUUAUGUGGAUCUGUUCUUGGUUCAUUGGCCAAUUGCUGCUGAGAAAGAUGAGAAUUAUAUGCCGAAGCUUGGACCUGAUGGCAAGUACGUUAUCAAGGAAGAGUUAACCAAUAACCCCGAGCCGACAUGGCGUGCAAUGGAAGCGCUCUACAAUGCUGGAAAGACCAGAGCCAUUGGCCUCUCAAACUUCACUAUUCCCGGCAUCAAGCAGAUUCUCUCCUUCGCCAAAGUGGCCCCACACGUUAACCAGAUCGAAAUUCACCCUUUCCUGCCCAACUCCGAGUUGGUUGAAUUUUGCUUUUCACAGAACAUCUUGCCAGAAGCGUACUCUCCACUGGGGUCUCAGAACCAAGUCCCCAACACAGGCGAGAAGGUUGCUACAGAUCCGACGCUUAAUGCCAUUGCGAAAGAAGGUGGCCAUACGCUUGCUCAGGUGUUGAUUGCGUGGGGAUUGAAGAGAGGCUACGUCGUGUUGCCGAAGAGCUCGACCCCGUCACGCAUUGAGAGCAAUUUCAAAGAGAUCGAGUUGACACAAGAACAGUUUGAGGCGGUCAAUCGGGUGGCUCAGGGAAGGCACUGUCGUUUCGUUAACAUGAAGGAUGCUUUCGGGUAUGAUGUUUGGCCAGAGGAAAGCGCUUAA